CAGAAAAUAGAGAAUUCCUACAAUGCCAGUAGUUCCUUGAUCGACAGGAUCUAUGCGAUCUAUGAGAUCAACAACGUGUGAGCUGUCACACAUUAAACGCGUUACGAUUGGAUCGCGGCUUUUAUCAAAUACGAUAGUUAAUUCCUAAUGAUAAUGGAAUUAUCUGGGAUACUUAUAUCAAACUCUUGCGAUGCAAUGCGAAAUUCAUUGUUAUAGUACUAUUCUUGGAAAGAGUGCCGUUCAUAUUUAUAACCUUAACGUCGUGAUGUGAUAUUAAAUAUACGAAUAUAUUUUAUUUACUGAUAUAUCUGCAACAUAUUAGUAACAAUGUGCGACGAUACAUCUAAUGAUGGAAAGACUCAAACUUAUACUGCAGAGCAUGUGAUCACUCCAGAUUCUGAGUUCGAUGAUGCACUAGGUGUACCUGAUUCACUGGAAAUAACUACGAAUGAAAAUGAAGACACUAUAAAUGCGGACGGUAGAGAAGAUAUAGAUAGUAGAGAACGUCUUGGCGUGAUACCUUUCUCUGCCAUACACGAAUUACCGAAAACAUUUAAAACCCAGCAAUACAACAUUUUCAUUCCUGGAGAGGAAGUGCAUGUAAGCAUCAUAGACAAUGAACGUAGUGUCACAACGCAUCCCCUCAAUCCGAAUUUGUACACUAUCGAGUUCAGGCAUGGCCCCUUCUCAUGGACGAUUAAAAAACGAUACAAACACAUACAGUAUUUGCAUAAUCAAUUGAAAAUAUACCGUGCUAGUUUAAACAUACCAUUCCCAACAAAAAGUCAUAAGGAGAGGAGAAUCAGCUUAAAAAGCUUGGAGGAAUCAAAAGAGAGAAAGGGUCGUAGAGGUGCACUGCCAAGGUUUCCAAACAGGCCCGAUGUUCUAGUACCAUACGAACAGUUAGAGCACAGGAAGAAAGUAUUAGAAGAGUACCUGACGAAUCUAUUGAAAAUAAAAAUUUACUUGCGCCAUCCAGAAACAAUCAAUUUCUUGGAAGUUUCGUAUUUAUCAUUCAUAGAAGAUUUAGGGAUGAAGGGUAAAGAGGGGAACGUUUUGAAACGGACUGGAUCCGGUGCGAGAAGCAGAUGGAAUUUCUGCGGCCUGCUCGAAGGCAUGUGUUGCGUUAGAUGUAAUCAUUUUUGCACGUCCCUAUGCGGGAAAUGGCAUUCCCGACACCUCGUCGUUAAAGAAACUUUCGUUGCCUACAUUAGGCCCAAAGACGGUAAUAUAAAGUCGGUGAUUCUGAUGGAUAAUGGUUUCGGAAUCAGUUUCGGCAUGUACACAACGGGAAUGAGAAACGGCAUGCAAAUAGUAAAUCUCAGCAGGCACAUAGUGAUUAAAUGUUGGACAAGAAGACAAGCUAAAGAAUGGAUGGACUUUAUACAGAAAGUUAGCCAGAGAGAAGGUCGCGAUUUCGUACAAACGAAUCCACACAGUUCGUUUGCCCCUUAUCGUUCUCAUAUACCUGCUUCAUGGUUCGUUGAUGGAUCGAGCUACAUGUCCGCAGUCGCAGACGCGUUAGAAAAAGCCAAAGAGGAAAUUUUUAUUGCGGAUUGGUGGCUGUCACCUGAGAUUUAUAUGAAGAGGCCAGCCAUGAACUGCGAUUAUUGGCGACUGGAUAAAAUUUUAGAAAGGAAAGCAGUAAGUAAAAGGGGGUGCAGCUGUUUUCUUUAAAUCNUGAUCUACAAGGAAGUAGAAGUUGCGCUCGGUAUAAAUAGCUACUACAGCAAAAAACGAUUAAUUGAAAAAUGUCCUGACAAUAUAAAGGUGUUGCGUCAUCCAGAUCAUGCAAGAGUUGGUGUAUUUCUGUGGGCACAUCAUGAAAAAAUUGUAGUCGUCGAUCAAAGCAUCGCUUUUCUAGGUGGUAUUGAUUUAUGUUACGGGCGAUGGGAUAAUAACGAACAUAGACUAAUAGAUCUGGGAAGCACCCACCAAUCUAGUAUAUAUAUUCCUCACAAAAGUAAAUUUACUAAUACAAGCAGUAAAAAAGUGUCGAAUGCCACUAUCAAUAAAGGUGUUUUAUUAUCACUGGCAAUUGCAACGAACACGAUUGUAAUGGCCACCACGAAAUCUAUUCCUAUGUUGCCAAUGAGAGCAAUGCCUUUAGCAUUGCCACAAUUAAAUCCCGGUGAUUUAUUAUUCAUGCAAUCAAUGGAAGAACCAGAUACCAUGAAGUGCGAUACCCCAACUACAGAGCGCAAGAAUCUAUUUGGCAUGGCGAAAGAUACCGUAGAUAAAGUGAAACAUAAUAUUAAAUUGAAAAGGCAGGAGUUGAUUAAUAUGGUUUAUAAUCCGCACGAAGGAAAUAGCGACGAAGAAGAUAUAAAGGACAACGAUACAGAACAAACUCUGAUCGAAACUAGAUCGUCUUUGGCAUACAGUUUAGACGAAGAUGUAGCUUCAGAUUAUUCUGGAAUAGCCAAACUUUGGCUAGGCAAGGAUUACGUGAAUUUCAUAGUGAAAGAUUUCAAUGAUCUCGAAAAACCUUAUCAAGACUUAGUUGACAGAAGCAAUACUCCUAGAAUGCCUUGGCACGAUAUAGGAGUCAUGGUGCAAGGCGCGGCAGCUCGAGAUGUUGCGAGACACUUUAUACAACGCUGGAACGCAAUUAAAUUGGAGAAGGCGAAAUUGAACUCGUGUUAUCCAUUCUUGCUUCCAAAGUCCUAUAGAGAUUGUAACAUCUCUGUACCUUUCAUUGAGAAGACUGCUGUACACAAUGUUAAGUGCCAAGUAUUGAGAUCAGUUAGCUCUUGGUCUGCAGGUUUUCUCGAUUCAGAAACGUUGGAACGAAGUAUACAGGAAGCUUACAUUGAAGCAAUCAGUAAAGCAGAGAGAUAUAUUUAUAUUGAAAACCAAUUCUUCAUAACUCUCGCAUCCAUGGAACGGACAGCAGUGAAGAAUCGUAUAGGAGAGACAUUGUUAAAACGAAUUUUAAGGGCACAUCGAGAAGGUGCUGUGUUCAGAGUAUUCGUGAUAAUGCCUUUAUUACCUGGUUUCGAGGGCGAAGUUGGAGGCCCGACCGGCACUGCUCUACGCGCAAUCACACACUGGAAUUACGCUUCUAUAUCCAGAGGUAAAGAUGCUAUCCUGAAUCGAUUGAUGGACGAGGGAAUAGAGGAUCCUAGCGAGUACAUCACAUUCCAUGGAUUAAGGUCCCACGCGAUGUUGAAUGGAUCAUUAGUCACGGAACUAAUUUAUGUUCACAGCAAGCUACUAAUUGUUGAUGAUAAUACAGUCAUCUGUGGUUCCGCUAAUAUUAACGAUCGAAGUAUGGUAGCGACGAGGGAUAGUGAAAUCGCAGUUAUAAUUCAUGAUCAAGAAUUUGAAGAUGGUAGAAUGAACGAUAUACCGUUUCGUUGCGGUAAAUUCGCAGGAUCGUUACGGAAACAAUUAGUGUCUGAGCAUUUGGGAUUGUUAAAGACAAACGAGGAUAUAGAUAUAACUGAUAUAAUUAAAAGAUCGUUCUAUAAAGAUGUAUGGUGCGCCAGGAGUGCUCAGAACACUAACAUCUAUGAGGAAGUGUUUCACUGUAUUCCUACAGACAAAGUUGUUAACUUUUCUAUGCUGAAGCAAUACCAAGACGAGGAACCACUUUCUUUAUCGAAUCCACUUUUAGCUCAAGAAAUGGUCGAACAGAUUAAGGGGCACUUGGUGAACAUGCCACUGAACUUUUUAUGUAACGAGGAUCUGAAGCCGGCUGCUGGAACAGUUGAAGGCAUAAUGCCGACAGCAUUAUGGACAUAAGAUUUUAUAAUGGGUUUUUGAUUGACAGUUUUAAUACUUUUUGCAAUUACGAAGAUAUUAAUUCGAAGAUUCAAGUUAAAUGUAUCACUGAUCAGAGUACAAAUGACGUCUGUGUAUUUGUGGCUCAGCAUUUUAUCGUAGAAGUAUUAAUGAUUUUAAGAAUCAGAAAAAUAUGUAUUAAUUGUUAGUGGUCCAGAUGGAUCAUAAUUGCGACAUUCCAUACAACUUACCUCUUCAUGGACAGCUAUGAAAUGUUGUUGUUGCCGUAUUGAUAAUUGCUCAUUCACAAUUGUUUUUAUCUUUCAUCAUGUGUGAUAAAACUUUUUCUAUAACAGAACGCUUAUAACAAUACUUAAAUAUUGUGCCUCUCAACGAGUUUUCUUUUAUUGUGAAUUCUAAUGCUAUUUUAUUUUGUAACGUUAUUUAUUUAUACCGAACGAUUCACCAAAUUAAAUUGACACGUAUUAAAAAGUG